ACAGGUCACUCCAGGCUGCGGCUGCACAUCCCGAGGAACAGAAGCGGGCCUGCUCAGCUGUCUGCAAGGACCGGCGUUCCAGACCAAGUGGCCCGCUGCUCCGAGGACCCAGCUCGCUCCAGGCUGUGACUCCACAUCCCGAGGUCGCUGCCUGGCGACCGGGCAGCGAGGACCGGCCACCCCACACUGCCUGUGCCGCCGCCCCGAGGACAGAGCCGCGACCGCGAGGACAGCGACGCCUGCACAGCUCUGGCGAGAUGGCGGCACGGUCCACUACGCUGCGCGCAGUGGAGAAGCUGCAGGUGCGUCUGGCCACUAAGACGGACCCGAAAAGGCUAGAGAAAUAUUUGCAGAAACUCUCCGCCUUGCCCAUGACGGCAGACCUCCUGGCGGAGACUGGAAUCAGAAAGACGGUGAAGCGCCUGCGGAAGCACCAGCACGUGGGCGACUUUGCCAGAGACUUAGCGGCCCGGUGGAAGAAGCUGGUGCUCGUGGACCGAAACACCGGGCCUGACCCACAGGACCCUGAGGAGAGCGCUUCCCGACAGCGCUUCGGGGAGGCUCUUCAGGACCGGGAAAAGGCCUGGGGCUUCCCAGAAAACGCGACGGCCCCCAGGAGCCCAUCUCACAGCCCUGAGCACAGACGGACAGCACGCAGAACACCUCCGGGGCAACAGAGACCUCACCCGAGGUCUCCCAGUCGCGAGCCCAGAGCCGAGAGAAAGCGCCCCAGAAUGGCCCCAGCUGAUUCCGGCCCCCAUCGGGCCCCUCCAACGCGCACCGCUCCCCUCCCGAUGCCCGAGGGCCCUGAGCCCGCUGUGCCCGGGAAGCAACGUGGAAGAGGCCACGCUCACGCCGCUCAGGGCGGGCCUCUGCUGGGUCCAGGCUGCCAGGGCCAACCCCAGGGGGAAGCGGUGGUGAGCCACAGCAAGGGGCACAAAUCGUCCCGCGGGGCUUCGGCUCAGAAAUCGCCUCCUGUCCAGGAAAGCCACUCAGAGAGGCUGCAGGCGGCCGGCGCUGAUUCGGCCGGGCCGAAAACGCUGCCCAGCCAUGUCUUCUCAGAGCUCUGGGACCCCUCAGAGGCCUGGAUGCAGGCCAACUACGAUCUGCUGUCCGCUUUUGAGGCCAUGACCUCCCAGGCAAACCCAGAAGCACUCUCCGCGCCAACGCUCCAGGAGGAAGCUGCUUUCCCUGGACGCAGAGUGAACGCUAAGAUGCCGGUGUACUCGGGCUCCAGGCCUGCCUGCCAGCUCCAGGUGCCGACGCUGCGCCAGCAGUGCCUCCGGGUGCCUAGGAACAAUCCGGACGCCCUCGGCGACGUGGAAGGGGUCCCCUACUCGGUUCUUGAACCCGUUCUGGCAGGGUGGACGCCCGAUCAGCUGUACCGCACAGAGAAAGACAAUCCCGCACUCGCUCGAGAGACAGAUGAAUUAUGGAGGAUUCAUUGUCUCCAGGACUUCAAGGAAGAAAAGCCACAGGAGCACGAGUCUUGGCGGGAGCUCUACCUGCGGCUUCGGGACGCCCGAGAGCAGCGGCUGCGAGUAGUGACCGCGAAAAUCCGAUCCGCACGUGAAAACAAACCCAGCGGCCGACAGACAAAGAUGAUCUGUUUCAACUCUGUGGCCAAGACGCCUUAUGAUGCUUCCAGGAGGCAAGAGAAGUCUGCAGGAGCCGCUGACCCCGGAGAUGGAGAGAUCGAGCCAGCCCCCAAGCCCGCAGGAAGCAGCCAGGCUCCCUCCGGCCUCGGGGAAGGCGGCGGCGGCAGCAUUAGCGGCGGCAGCAGCAACGAGCACGCGGCGCCCGCGGACAAAACCCGAAAACAGGCUGCCAAGAAAGUGGCCCCGCUGAUGGCCAAGGCGAUUCGAGACUACAAGGGAAGAUUCUCCCGACGAUAAACUCAGCACUUGCCUUACAGAUAAAAUCUGGGGGGAGGAGGGCCAAUGCAAAGUCAGUGCGGGUUGGGGAACGAAACUUCCGAUGGACACCAGAACCCUUGGCUUGGUGCAAAGUUGAGCCUCCGAAUCCUGCAGGUGUCAAGGGCUGGCCCUGUGAUUUCUGCCUCCCACACCCAGCCACUGCCUCCCUGCUUGGAGGACACCUCAGAAUUCACAAGAUAUUAUGAACGCA